CAGAACACAUACAGCUAACAGAUAAAACGCCUCUGUAGAAGCGAAAAUGGCAUCGUCCUACUUCCUCCUCCUAACUGCUGUUCUUGCACUGGUCUCAUGGCAAGCCACAGCUUCGGAUCCUGGCCCACUCCAAGAUUUCUGCGUUGCAGACAACAGCUCACGAGUGCUUGUUAAUGGAUUCGUUUGCAAAGAUCCAAAGGAUGUGAAAGUAGAGGAUUUCUUCCUAGCGGCCAAACUUGACAUGCCGAGGGACACAAAGACGAACAAGGUUGGGUCCAAUGUGACUCUGAUCAAUGUCAUGCGGAUUCCUGGCCUCAACACUCUUGGCAUCUCCCUUGCGCGCAUUGACUAUGCACCCCUUGGUGAGAACCCACCUCACACGCACCCUCGUGCUACCGAGAUCCUCGCUGUGCUUGAGGGCACGCUCUACGUUGGCUUCGUCACGUCAAACCCGGAGAACAAGUUCUUAUCCAAGGAGCUCAAAGAGGGUGAUGUCUUUGUUUUCCCACAAGGACUCAUCCACUUCCAGUUCAAUCCCAACCCCUACAAACCGACAGUUGCAAUUGCUGCACUUAGCAGCCAAAACCCAGGGGCAAUUACCAUCGCCAAUGCUGUAUUUGGAUCAAAGCCAAUGAUCCCGGAUGAUGUUCUUGCCAAGGCAUUUCAGGUGGAGAAGAAUACCGUGGACUGGCUUCAAGCUCAGUUUUGGGCCGACAACCACAAUUAGUUAAUUACCAGCUCCGUGCCAAAUUUUAUGUCACUCAACCAUAAAUUAGUUACUUGCGUGUGAAUGUGCAAUAUGUAUGAUGUAUUGAUUUGUUUGUAAAAUGAAUAAAGUGUUGAUCUA